ACAAACAGCCAACACACAGAAAGAAGAGCAAACAGAGACGGCAAGGAAGAUAUCCACCUCGAAUCCCUCUCUCUCCCCCAAAAUUCCAUCAACAUUUCUCUUCUUUCCAUAUCUUCUCCUACUCCCCAUAAACCUUUCCCCCAGCACUAAACAAAGAAAGAAAGAGAAAAGAAUAAAUGGUAGAGAUAUCAAGAAUAGUAGGGAUGAGAGAUGGAACAGAGGAGAAGGAGGAGGAGGAGGAGGAGUCAAAUAUCAACAGCAACAACAACUGGUUCGCCAGCUGGGAGGAUGGGUUGCCGAAGCCGGAAGAGCUGAUGCCCCUUUCGCAAACUCUCAUCACCCCCGACCUCGCACUCGCCUUCGACCUUCCCUCCCCCGUCCCCGCCGCCGCCACGCCCCACCCAGACCCGGAUCUCGGCGGCGGCGGCGACGAGGGGGCGGCGGCGCGGACGCUGAAGCGGCCGCGUCUGGUGUGGACGCCGCAGCUCCACAAGCGGUUUGUGGACGCGGUGGCCCACCUGGGGAUCAAGAACGCCGUCCCCAAGACCAUCAUGCAGCUGAUGGGCGUCGAUGGCCUCACCCGCGAGAACGUCGCCAGCCACCUCCAGAAGUACCGCCUCUACCUCAAGCGCAUGCAGCAGUCCUCCUCCUCCUCCGCCGCCCUCGCCGGAGGCCACAUCUCGGCCGCGGACCACCAGCUCUUCGCCAGCGGACCCGUCCCCCACCACUUCCUCAGCCCCCGCGGUGUCGCCGGGCCGGACCCUCCCUUCGUGCCGCUUGUCCCCGUAAACCCACUCCACCACCAUCAUCAUCACCACCAGAUCGGGCAGCAGUACUACUAUCAGAGGCAGAUAGGGCAUUUCGGGUCGGCGGCGAGCAGUGGCGUCGGUGGUGGUGGGGCCUUCGAUUACCGGUUCUUGUCGCCGCCGCCGAUUGGGAUGCAACAUAUGGGAAUGGGGAUGGGGAUGGGUUUCCCGCCGGCGGCUUCUUCAUAUGGAGAGCAAUUGGAGCCUGGAGAGAGGGGAGGAGGAAGGAGAGAGCUGACUCUUUUUCCCACAGGUGAUGAUUGAGCGAGUCUCCCAGUGGAUUCUUAGGAAUAGAUAUGGAUUUGAAAGAGACAGUGCAAUGGUUUCAACCAGAAGCAAUAUGACAACAGUUUGGUUCUACUCAAGGUGUAUUGUUGAUGAUGCAGAUAUCAAUUAAUUUAUAAGGGAGGAGUUACAUUCUGAUACAGGUAAAGCAUAUGCGAGCUACACGUACGCCAAAAUGUUCAUCUAAGACAAUGGAUCCUUUAUCGAGAAUUAUUCUGUAUAUGCUUGAUUUUCGGUGAUGUUUGAAUUUAUUUAGAGCUUUGCAUAGUCUUCAUGAAGUUGGCUUUCGCUUAUCUUGACUUCUUUUCCAAUUCAUUUCUUGUUUUGUGUAUGUUUAGCAUCUGAAGAUUUCUCUACUUCAUGGUCAGUUAUUAUUCUCUGUGUUAAACAUGUACUCUCAGGAUGGAAUAUAUAUGAAAUAGGAUGUUCCUAUCGAUGUUCA